AUGACGUCCCCGUCGUACGAGCUAUCCAAAUACGUAGGGCGGAUCAUCCAACAAUCCUUGGUAAGCUCCUACAACAUCAAAGACUCGUUCUUGUUUUGCCAAUUCAUAAACGGCGUCACCCUACCCGACGAUCACGUGCUCAUCUCUUUGGAUGUCAAAGCACUAUUCACGUCGAUACCGAAAUCCCUAGUGAUUAACAGUAUCAUCAUGCGGUGGAACGAAAUCAGUCCAAAUACAAACAUCAACUUGGACCUCUUCCUCGAAAUCGUGGAGUUCUGCAUUGACAGCAGUUACUUCCGGUUCGAUGGACAACACUACCUUCAAGUAUUUGGUACAGCCAUGGGCAACCCACUCUCACCGUCUAUAGAAGACUGGGUGAUGGAAACCCUGCUGGACACCGUUAUUCGCAUGCUCAAGAUUCCCCUACCGUUUCUGCGAAAGUUUGUGGACGAUCUUAUAACAGCCAUUCCACUAAAUCAACUCCAACACGUACUAGAAACGUUCAACAGCUAUGAUGUUCACAUCCAGUUCACCUACGAACUAGAGGUGGACAACAAAUUACCUUUCUUGGAUAUGCUCCUCAUCAGGCAGAGUAACCAAAAGGUAACAACACAAUGGUAUCAGAAACCCAUUGCAAGCGGAAGGUUUCUGAAUUACUUUUCUUGCCAUCCAAUGAGCCAAAAGUUGAACAUGGCUAAAAAUCUUGCCAGUCGUGUAAACCUGCUUUCCACUGACCUAGACAACCAAGCAAAGGUCAAAAUCAUUGAUGAACAGCUGAAAAUCAAUUAUUACCCAAAGUCUCUGAGGCACCGAAUAGCAAACAGAAUGAACGAGAAUAGAUCCGAUGAAGUUCUCACGCAGCGGUCGCUACAGCUGGAUAACCUGGAACAUACCUACCGUAGCAUUCCAUUCAUACCUCGCCUGUCUUCGAAAAUAGACAGGGUACUAAAGCAGGACUAUCAUAACAUACGACUUGCUAAAUACAAUGUGAAAACAGUCAAGGAUAUGUUCACCAGGGUUAAGGACGAAGUACCAUUGGAUCACCAGACGAAUGUUGUUUACAGCAUUCUAUGCAACGAUUGCGAAGCCUCAUACGUAGGGAUGACGUCUAAUCGCCUAAAAACAAGGAUGAAUGGACAUCAAUCACACUACAACAAAAUGGAUAAAAUGUUAGAAGAGGGUAUAAACAUCGACGAUCCACAGAUGACAACACUAGGGGAACGAACCGCACUGAUGAGCCACAGCAUCAUAAAACAACACCGCUUCGACCUAAAAAAGGUAAAAGUAUUAGACAAACACAAAAACACACGUACACUACAAUUUCUCGAAAUGUGUCACAUAAAAAACAACAAAAAUAGUAUAAACAGAAGAUCGGAUACUGAAGGUCUGCAUUCGGUCUAUGCCGGAAUUCUAUACGAAAUAGGAAAGAUAAACAAAACACGAAACGAAAACGAAAAUGAGAAUGUCAACAACACAGGUACACAUGCAAACACCUAUACACAUGGCUCCAACGAUCGCCCAUCCACACAACAAUACACACAAAGUUAGCUAAACCAGCGCGUAGGCUGUCAAACAAGUGGAACGUAGAGAAGAAAAUCAAAAUUUUAUAGCGAAAAUCAGAGACAGGGAUUUAGUCACUGUGCAUAAAACACGCCACCUACAAUACAGUGUGCACCACAAUUAUUGGCACACAUGCACCAAAGUGAGCGCCAUUUUAAUCCAAUACAUGGACAACAUUCCGUAGAGCUCAAUCGGGUCUUCACAAGAAAACGAGCUUCUGUAAGUUAUAGGGAUGCACAAAACAGGAACAAUUAUGUAAAACUAAAAUUAUUUGUAAAACAAUUUUUUAGAGUCCUUGAAAAAGGUAAAAUAAAUUACCGAAACCGUCGGAUGUAGAUGCAAAACCGUUUUUGCUGCUACCUAGACUGAUACGGCCGAUAAAAUCACCUUCUUCUAAGAACCAAGUUGCUUCGUUCACUUCAGUUAAAUUCAGCAACAAGAGAUAAUACGAAUCAAAACCAAUGGCAACGACACCUGCGAAUAAAAAGGACUUGUGAUUGUAAGCUCGUACGUUAAACUAACCAAGGUAACUAACUAACUAACUAACGAUCUGUCAUAACUUCACCGGGGGCACCCGCAAUCUCCCCGAUUUAGUAAACGGCCGCGGAUUCGGUAUCGCAGCGUUGCAGGACGUGUGUUGCACAGGUUCCAUGGAGCAAAAAUUUAGAGAUAAUCAUACCAUCUACCAGAGUUGCGGCAACAUAUGAGAAGGGUGCAUUCUACACGCAGCUCAAACGCGAGUAUGACCGCUGUUCAAGCGAGCCACGACGUCAAGAUCAUUACAGGAGACCGAAAUGCUCAUUGUUCAGGUAGGCCUCCAGGAGGAGGAGUAUAGACCGAUGAUUGGAAAAUUACGCGCUUACCAGCUGACGAAUAUGGUUAAAGAAGGGAUCACCGAUGCAGCCGAGAGAACCAUCGGAUGCUUGGGACGGAGUCAACAGAUCGAUUGGAGUGACGAGGAGAGCAGAGAAAUUUAAGUGGAGAAGAACUUAGGCGGUCAUGCUGCAGCAAGGAACACGGCAGAACAUAUAACGUUACAGAAGGAAAAGUUGGUUACAAGGGGUUAGACAGUCCGAUCUCGUAUCAAAAUUUUGAUAAAAAUCAAAAAUAUUAAGGACAGACUUGUUAGAAUCCCAAAAUGGCCGCCGCAAUGGCCGACUUUGGCACCUACUCACGAUUUUGAGCGCACAAAUCUCUUCGUAAACAAAACCAGUGCACCUGAUCUUUUUAUUUUAAGCUUAUUAUAAGUGAGCAAGAACAGAAUAAUCAAAUGCACUGUUGUUUGAAGCUUGCAUUUUGAGAUUUGUGCGUUUGAAGUUCUGAUGCACUUUUGAAGCGGGAUUUCAAGACGUUUGU